AUGUCUAAAUGCCCACAUGAUGAUGCCGUGUGGCCAAAGUACAUCUACCUGCUGGAAACCAUCCUCGGGCUCGUCUCCUUGCCCCUCUACAUCCUCGUGCUCUGUCUAAUAACGCGGUCCAAAACGAAGCAAAAGUAUUCCACGCCCUUCUACCGUAUUUUUACAUGGCACGCUUGCUUCAAUAUUUUGAGCUUCAUCCACCAUCAUAUUUUCCUCGAGUUUCCGACUCUGAACAUUUUCUGUGCGCAGUUGUUGAGUCGUUUUCAUUCCUUCUCCUACCGUCUAACCCCAAUAUACUUCCUCGCCUAUUUCCUUCAACAUUCCCAAAUUUGUCUUUCCACCCUCGUCAGCGUGAAUCGAAUGUCUGUAAUAACUCUAGGUGCAAAAUACCAACAGUUUUGGGCCAAAGCACUCCCCUAUUCACUAGUGAUGUGCUUUUUGGUGCCUCUCCUCCUCACAUGGCCACUUCUAGUCUCCGAAGUGGCGCUUUUACCCACAAACAGUGGAUUGGGGAUGGCUUAUAACAAGUGGAUCACAUGGCCUUCGAACAGUCUCUCCUCUGCAGCGCUUUCCUUAUUAUGUGCUAUAUUGAAUGGUGUGUCUACGGGAGUAUUAGUGCUUCGGAUUAGGUCUAAUCGAGGAUGUGCGCAAGCCAAUUUGCUGGGCGUUGGCAUUGCUCUUGGUACAAUAUCGAUACUUUUCUCCAUUGAUCAGGUCAUGAUCUACUACCACCUGCAUAUUGCCAGGAACCUUUCACACGCUGCAUUCGGACGCUUUCACGAUGCUCGUUUUUUAGUCAACACUUUGGCGACGCUGGCGCCAAUCUGGGCACUACUGAUUUUGAGCAGCGAGAUGCGGGCCGAUAUUGUCAAGAUGGUCAGCCGGACCAGCGAGCCGUUAAUUGAA